GUUGUGAUGCUUUUCUUUACCCAGUGCUUUGGGGCUGUGUUGGAUCUGAUUCACCUGAGGUUUCAGCAUUAUAAGGCUAAACGUGUUUUCUCUGCUACUGGGCAACUUGUCUGCGUAGUCAACCCCACACACAACCUUAAGUAUGUGCCCACGAGACGAGCGAUCACUCAGGGCACGGCAGAGCAGAGCAGCUUCCCUCCUCAUCACCUCCCCCACCACCGUCACCACUGCCACCACCGCCAUCCUCACCACCACGGCCGCCCCCACCAUCUCCACCACCAGGAGGCAGGCAUCCCUGCCCAGGUGAUGCCCUGCAUCUGCCCCCUGUUCUCCUGCCAGUGGGAAGGCCACCUGGAGGUGGUGGUACCCCACCUGCGACAGAUCCACAGGGUUGACAUCCUUCAGGGAGCGGAGAUCGUCUUUCUGGCCACGGACACACACCUGCCUGCACCGGCCGACUGGAUCAUCAUGCACUCCUGCCUUGGUCACCACUUCCUGCUGGUGCUCAGGAAGCAGGAGAGGCAUGAAGGGCACCCUCAGUUCUUUGCCACCAUGAUGAUGAUCGGGACCCCCACCCAGGCCGACUCCUUCACCUAUCGCCUAGAGCUCAACAGAAACCACCGGCGGCUCAAAUGGGAGGCCACCCCGAGGUCUGUCCUGGAGUGUGUAGACUCCAUCAUCACCGACGGGGAUUGCCUCGUCCUCAACACCUCGCUGGCCCAGAUCUUCUCUGACAAUGGCAGCCUGGCCAUCGGCAUUGCUAUCACUGAGACAGAGGUCCAGGCCACAGAAGCGGAGAUGUGA